AAUAUUUUGUAAAAAUGGAUAUUCAGUUAUUCUUUUUCCUUAUUCUUUUGAGCUGGGCCUCAGUGAGAUCCACCUUGUUAUUUCAAACUAACUCUGAAUUUGGUAUUUUCAUGGCUAUAUCCGUGCCACUUAUUUUGAAGAAUCGCAAUGUCUUCCUUUCGUAUAAUUACGAAUUUAAUUACUACCAGCCAGAGCACGUCUAUAAAUAUCCUCCUAUAUUGAUGGGUAAUGAUUGGGAGGAGAGUUACUUGACCUACAAUACCACUGGAGGUGAGGGUAGCAGCAGUAGAUCCUUUCACUCUGUACAGGGAAACAGUUCAUCAAAGCUACGUUCUGCUCGUUCUUUACCAAUCAUGAGUCGAACCAAUUUUUACAUAAUGCUAAAGGAUAAACUUGAGAGAUCUGGUUAUGCCGCUAAGCCCUGUCUUCUUCGCCUGAUUUGCGAAACUAACGCUUCAACGCUUGGCCAAGUCAAUGGACUCUUAGGCAACAUAGUGCAUAUCUUAUUCACACCCAGCAGCUCUAGUGACGAACAUCUAGACAAAGCCUAUUACCAAGCCGAAUGGGAUGGUCAUCGGUAUGGGGAUUGCUCAUCGUAUGCUAGCCAAUGUGAAGAGAAUGUAUUGGAUCUGAUCUCAAGGCCAUUGCUUGAUGUUCUCCGAGAAGUUCUGGACAGACGAAAUGGAAGACAAUAA